AUCAUGGAUGACACCAGGUUUAUUCUUACCUAUUAAUUGGAGAAAUCUUAUUAAAGCCCAAAUGAUAUUCUCGCUCAAACUUCAAACCCCACCCUCUCUAAUGUUUUCUCGCUUUGACGCCCCUCGAACGAGCCUAUCCACGUCAAGCGCGCUCCCGCUCUGGACUGCAACUCCCACAAUGCACCCGGACUCGCCCUUCAACGCUCGCAUGCUAGUGUGACAGCACAGCAGCCGCGUGAAAUGUGCAAGUAAACCAGCUCAAAGUCACAGCAGCAGCAUUGAAAGUGGAAUAAAAUGUGUUUAACCAGCUUUCCUGCAAAACGGACGCGCGCAGACGCGCGUGUGGACUGACGCGAGCUUGUUUUUCUAUGUUAGUGGAUAGUGACUGGCUGCUGUUUAUGUAAGUGGAUGGUGACUGGAGUUUAUCACUUCAUUAUUUGUUUGUUUGUGAGAGAGCUACAACAGGUGCUGUCGGACUCAGGAGUGGUGUGAGUGUUCGCGUGUCGGACGGCGAGACACUUGCCUUUUGCCGUCUAUGAAUGGAUCAGGUCGGCAUGGGUAAUGCGGUUCAGGAGCGCAAGGGGGCGCUGACACAGGGUGAAGUGCUGCCACGCCCUGCCUCCAGCCAAUCAGAGGGCUUUAAACAGGGUCGGUCGGUCUUGAACUCUCUGCUCUCAGGGGCGUUUGCAGGAGCCGUUGCUAAAACUGCCGUCGCUCCGCUGGAUCGAACCAAGAUUAUCUUCCAAGUGUCGUCUAAUAGAUUUUCCGCUAAGGAGGCGUACAGGUUAAUUUACCGAACAUAUCUUAAGGAUGGGUUCUUCAGUCUGUGGAGGGGAAACUCGGCCACUAUGGUGCGUGUCAUUCCAUACGCUGCCAUCCAGUUCUGCGCCCAUGAACAAUACAAGAGGAUUCUGGGACAGUAUUACGGCUUCCAGGGCAAAGCUCUGCCGCCUGUGCCACGACUGCUGGCUGGUUCAAUGGCGGGAACCACGGCUGCCACGCUCACAUACCCACUGGACAUGGUCCGCGCACGCAUGGCCGUCACACCCAAAGAAAUGUACAGCAAUAUCCUGCACGUGUUCGUCCGUAUCUCUCGUGAGGAGGGGCUGAAGACGAUCUACAGGGGCUUCACUCCCACGAUCCUGGGCGUCGUGCCGUACGCAGGACUCAGUUUCUUCACCUACGAGACGCUGAAGAAGGUUCACGCAGAGCACACGGGCCGCUCGCAGCCGUACUCAUACGAGCGUCUGGCGUUCGGCGCAUGCGCAGGGCUGAUCGGCCAGUCCGCCUCGUACCCGCUGGACGUGGUGCGCAGACGCAUGCAGACGGCGGGCGUCACCGGACACACCUACGGCACCAUCUCCGGCACCAUGCGCGAGAUCGUGGCGGAGGAGGGCGUGAUCCGCGGCCUCUACAAGGGCCUGAGCAUGAACUGGGUCAAAGGUCCCAUCGCUGUGGGCAUCAGCUUCAUGACCUUCGACCUCUCGCAGAUAUUGCUGCGCAAGUUUCAGCAGUUAGGCUACAAUGUGCGGUAGCAGCGUAGAGACAGGAAGUAAGAAAAGCAGAACAAAUGUUUCUUUUUUGUUUCUUUUUUAACCUGAGCAUAUGCUGCCAAUGAAGAGGACGGGGAAUGAGAGGCGUGUCGUGAGUUUUGAUUUCUGAUGCAAGCGUUUUGUGUGUAGAGUGAGUGUAUUUGGUACAGAGACGCCCUGAAUGUACGUCCCGCCAUCACAGACUGAACGUCCUGUAAGUGCAAUACUGACUGAACGUGUUUCUGGACACGUCCCGCUUUGUGUUUUCUUACACAUCAGGAGCUUUGAUGGAAAUACAGACACAUUUCGAGUUUACAGCGUGUGUUACUCUGGAUAUCACUUUCAUAUCAGGGUGAGUCUCAUGAAAAUGAGCAAGAACAUGUCCAGCUCAUAUUUCACUCCAAAAUCAAAAGAUUUGUAUAUUUUUAAUAAGAUUUUACAGAAAUGGCAUGUAGCCUGAUUUAAGACCUUUAAGAUUUUUUUGCAUUAUUUUUCACGACAAUUAAACAUUUUCCCCAAAUUAUAUAUUAUUUAAAAGUAUAAUUGUAAGUGUACUUUAUGGUAAUAUUGGUUGUUUUGAAUUUAGUUUGUUGAUUUUAAUUAAAAAACACAUGACUUGAAUACAAUUUUUGCCUGUAAUACAUACAUUUUUAAAAGUAUAGUUGUUAGUAUACUUUAUGGUAAUAUUUAUUGUUUCAAAUAUAAUUUAAUUGCUGAUUUUAAUUAAUAAAAACCCACAUGACAAACACAUUUUUCUCCAAAUUAUGUUAUUUAAAAGUACAAUUGUAAGUAUACUUUAUGGUAAUAUUUGUUGUUUUGAAUUUAAUUUAAUUGCUGAUUUUAAUUAAAAAAAACCCACAUGACUUUAAUACAUUUUCCCCCGAAUUCUAUAUUAUUUAAAAGUAUAAUUGUAAGUAUACUUUAUUUGUAAUAUUUGUUGUUUUGAAUUUAGUUUGUUGAUUUUAAUUAAAAAAAACACAUGACUUGAAUACAAUUUUUGCCCGUAAUAAAUAUAUUUUUAAAAGUAUAGUUCUUAGUAUACUUUAUGGUAAUAUUUAUUGUUUCAAAUUUAAUUUAAUUGCUGAUUUUAAUUAAUAAAAACCCACAUGACAAACAAAUUUUUUUUCCCAAAUUAUGCAUUAUUUAAAAGUAUAAUUGUAAGUAUACUUUAUAGUACUAUUUGUUGUUUUGAAUUUAAUUGAUAAUUUUCUGAUUUUAAAUUAUUUUUUUUUUUUUAAAUCAGUUUAUUUUUAUAUAUAUAUAUAUAUAUAUAUAUAUAUAAAGGUAGUCAUAAUUUACAUUAUGCAUUAUAUGGUUUGCAUUGAUGCAUUAUAUCUUUUCAUAGUUAAUUGUAACCAAACUUAAAAUGCAUUAUAAUCUAGUAUGCAAAUUGGUUGAAAUUAUGUGUUUUAAUGCAUUAUACUUUGUAAAGGUGUAACAAUGAAAUAUAGAAGUAUUAGAACUGAGGUUACAAUUAUUCAUGAGAUCAUUAUAAGGUGUGUUACAAGGCAUAAUUAAUUCAUUAAAAUACUUUCAUAAUGUAUUAAAUAAAGGCUUUAAGUAAAGUGUUACCAAAAUCCUUUUUUAUGUAUUUUGUGGUGAAAUAUGAGCUUGUCAUUUCUUCAUGUGAUUCACACUUUUUCAUCCAUAUCGCUGAUCCAGGACAGGAUAGUAAAAUGGUGUGCGUGCGUGUGUGUGCGUGUGUUGUGCGUGUGUUGUGUGUGCGUGCGUGCGUGUGUGUGUGUGUGUGUGUUUUGUGUCUUGCACAUGUGUGACUGUGCAUUUGUGUGUGUGGCUCCCAAGUGCCUGGAGAGAGAAACGAAACAUGAACUUCAACAUCAUCCUCCCUUACACAGGGACACUGCAGUGUUACUAACUGGUGUAAUUAACCAAUGUUCAGCUGAUAAUGAACAAAUAACAUGACAUUCACACCACUGGUGUGUUUAAUCAUUUACUGAAAUGAGAGAUUUUAAACUUCAGUAUUACUGCUCUGUUAUACCUUAUCUUUGGAUAAAUAUUAAAAUAUUUGAAUUAUACAGUGACUCCAAAAAGUAUUUGUUCGCUUCAGUCUAUGUGAUUCAUUAGAUCAAUUGUUUUAUCAUUUUAAACUUGUCUGUGCAUCUUUCUUUACAAUAAAUGACACCUUUUUUGAUAUUUUCUCAUCUCAUGUAGUGACAUUCAGACAUGUGUUCAGAUUUAAGUGUUCAGAUACUUCUUGGGGCUGUUGUAUUUACUCACAAUUAUCAUCUCAGUCUAUUUUGAACAAACUAAAAUCCCUACAUGAUUCCUACUAACCGGACAAUCACACGAUGCUCAAGCACAAGGAUUAUUAUCUAAUAAAGGGUAUUAAAUGGCUUUUAAACAUCCCAGAGGCCUAAUAAAACACUGAGAUUCAUUUGAAACAACUCAGAGAUCGAUUCUGGAAACUGUGUUUGAAUUCAGAAUCACUGGUGAGAUUCAUUGUGAAGUUCAUCAUAUUGUGAUUCGUGUCACGCGGUGAAUCGUUUAUCGAAUGAAUCUCUUGCUCUCGCAAUAAAAUGACUCGGUUGGAUUCAAGACUGUUGUUUGUAAAUCGAAAAGAUUUGUGCCAAAUAAACUAAUGAUAUUAUAAUCAA